AUGAUGAAAAAGACACGGGCAGAGUUGAUCCGCCUAGGAACCAAGACAAUGCAGCAAGCAACACACUUCCGGUUGUCACCCAGUAGGCAGAGCUCGUAUCAGCCUCAGCCCAUCCCCAAUCUCCAAGACAAAGUGGGGACACUAUGUUCACAGCCCCAGUGUGAGCCACCUGCAUCCAGGGAGACCCUCCUGCAACAGCUGGACAAGAACAAGAUAAUGCCUUCCCAUGUCCCACGCCUCCGGGCUGUGGUCGAGAGCCAGGCCUUCAAGAAUAUCCUGGUAGAUGAGAUGGACAUGAUGCUGUCUCGCGCAGCCACCCUCAUCCAAGCCAACUGGAGAGGCUACCGGCUCCGGCAGAAGCUGAUCUCCCAGAUGUUGGCAGCUAAGGCCAUCCAGGAGGCCUGGCGACGCUUCAGCACCAGGCGCCUCCUCCGGUCUGGCAAGGCAGUAGAAAAAAAAGUGAGCAUAGAUGAAGGGGACAUCCCUUACCACCAACCCCAGCAGGUGCGGUUUCAGCAUUUGGAAGAGGGCAGGUACCUUCCGGCCCCACCCAUCAUGGUGAGUAAGGAGACCCAGUUUCCUUCUGCUGACCACCUAGCUGUCUGCGCCCAUGAGCUGGACUUGCUGCAGCCCCCGGGCACUCCACAGCCUGGCAUGCAGGCCCCUAGUGCCCUUGAAGCCUCCAGUGUCAUUUUCUUGCCACACCAGAAUGUCUCCAUGAGACUCCCGUGUCCAGUGAGUCUAAAUGCAAAGUGCCACCCAUGCCUGAUGACAAGAACAGUUAGAAGUUCCAGCCUUGUCCACAUAGAUGGGGACAUGAUGAAGACCAAGCAAGUGACUGCCAGAACCAACAAGGCAGGAUCCCCAGGGCCACCACCAUCUAGAAGUUAUGCCCAGACACUUUAUGGACCCCUCAAGACUCAGACUCAGACUCAGGCCCCUGUGGAAGCAGAGGUCCUCAAAGCCCCACCCCAGGCAGGCCCAGCACCUGUGAUGACCAAGACCCCAGUGCCCACCAUAACAAUGACCAAGACCCCACCCCAGGUGUACCCGGCAGCUGCAGUAACGAAGACCCCACUCCACUCAUGCCUGGCAAACAUGAUGAACAAAAGCUCACCCCAGCCAUGCCCAGUGCCCACAGUAACAAUAGCCAAGACCCCACCCCAGCCAUGCCCAGUACCCACGAUAAUGAUGACAAAGUCCCAACCCCAGCCAUACCCAGCAGCCCCAAUGACAAAGAUCCCAGUUCAGAUGCGACCAACAGCCUCAAUGACCAGCACUGCAUCCCAGACACGACCGACUACUGUGGUGGCCAAAAUCCCACCCCAGAUAUGCCUGUUGACCUCAAUUAUCAAGGUCCCGCCUCAGACGUGCCCGAUGUCCGUGAUGGCCAAGACCCCACCCCAGAUGCGCCCAGUGGCCACAAUGGCCAAGACUCCACUGCAGACAUGUCCGACGGCCACGAUAACCAAGACCCCAUCUCAGACACUUCCAGGGUCCUCAAUGACCAAAGCCCCUCCCCAGACACGUCUGGCGGCCAUGAUCACCAAGACCCCAGCCCAGUUACGCUCAGUGGCCGCCAUCCUCAAGACCCUGUGCCUGUCCCCACCCGCAGCUGGAAAUCUGAAGGCUUCACCUCCAGCAGCCAUGGCAGCUGGGAUUCCCAGCACCUUGUCCCACACAUGUCUGAACAGACCAAAGACCAAGGCUGGGGUGACUGCGAAGCAAACGACAGGUGUGGUCAAAGUCUCAUCCCACUCACACUUGACUGAGGGAAAGGUGAAAUACUGCUCCCCACGACAUCUGGGGGCUGGGACUCCCAAGGCUCCAGCCAGGCCUCUUUUGGAAGCUGAGAAAGUCAAGGGCUUCUCCCAGAAACAGGUGAAAACAGAAACUGUGUCUAAUACCGGUAUGGCCAUGGAAGUGCCCAGGACUUUGCCCUGGGCAAAAGUGGCUGAAGAUAAGAGCAAGGGGUCAUCGCAGGCACACCUGAGGAUGGGUGUCGUGAAGGUCCAGUCCCAGGGAUACAUGCCUGUAGAAGCAGCUGUGGUCCCGCCACAGGCACAGGUAGCCACAUAUCCGGCCAAGACCCUGCCCCAGGCACAACCGGCCACCUGUUCAACCACAACCUCACCCCAGGGACAUCUGCUCACCGAGCUGACCACGGCCUUGCCCCAGGCACAUCUGAGUACAUGUCUGUCCAAAGCUUCAUCCCAGACGCAUCCACCUGCCAAGCUGACCAAGACCCCGUCCCUGGACCAUCUGGGCACAUGUCUGACCAAGACGCAGUCCCAGGCACAUCUGGCCACAGGAGCAAUAAAGGUCCAAUCUCAAGCAUAUCUGCCUACUGGGCUGACCAAGGCACAGUCCCAAGCCCACCUGGUCACAGAAACAGCCAAGUGCCUCUACGCCGCCCACCAGGCUGCUGAGCUCAGCAGCAAGACCCAGUCCCAGCCACUCCUGGCUGGGUACAAGGCCUCUACACAGCCCUGCCAGCAUAUUGGCUCCCUUGGCACUUUUUCCAGAGCCAAGCCAGAGGACAGACUGACCCAGCUUCCAGCUACCAGUCACGUGCAGGGCAGAGCCACCCAGGGGCCACGCCAGGGUGCCUCUGAGACCCAGAGCAUGCUGGUGCCUUUGCUGGCAUCUGCUGGACACCCCGCAUGCAAUGUUGAAUCCUGGGGUGACAGUGGGGCCACCCGGACGCAGCCAUCAACAACCAGCCCAGCUGCACCCUGCCAGGAAGAGCUGGCGACCUCCCAGCUUACCUCCCUGUGUGCUGAGCUGGCUGCUAUGCUGGGCUCUCAGGAGGACCUCCGCACCCAGCUGGCAAAAGCCCUCUCCCAGGGGGAAGUGAGGGCGGCACUGAACCAGGCCCUGUCCAAGGAGGUCCUAGGGGCUACAAUGGCCAAGGCCCGGCCCCAGGGCAUGCUGGGCACAGCGCUGGUGAAGGCACUGUCUUGGGGCGAGCUUGGUGCUGCCCUGUCUCGAGUCCUUUCCCGGGGUGAACUGCGGGCAGAACUCACUAAGGCCAUGCAGGGCAAACUGGUGGACAUCCUCAGCAAGGCCCUGACCGAGGAGGAGCGGGCCGCCCUGAGCCAGGCCCUGUGUCAGGGUGAGCUGGGUGCUGUCUUGAGCCAGUCCUUGUCUCAGGCUGCCCUCAGGACCAGACUCGUCCUCCCUAAGGUUGCUGCCGCGAAAACGGCGGGAAGCGGGAUGAGGAUGACGCCGGCCCCAGUGGAGGUGGACUACCGGGGGAGCCCGUCAGCGGCAUGGGGGCCCACUUUGGGCCCUGUGAGACCACAGCCCGGCAAGGGCCCAGUGGAUGCCGGUGUGGCUGGUGGCAAAGCAUGGAACUCUGCAGUCCCCAGUGUCGCGGUUGGCCCCAUGAACAGUGCCGUGGCCCCUGGCGGUGCAUGGGAACCACCCACACGCGCUGUGCCGUGGGAUGCCGUGGGCAGCAAAGCGGCGGUGGAUCCCAGACAGUCGGGGAAGCUGGUGGCAUCGAUGCACGUUGUGGAGAAGAUAAUUGUCCAAGCCGUAGUUACUAUCCAGGCAUGCGCACGUGGCUAUCUGGUGCGCCGUACCAUCAAGGUGUGGCACCAGUGGGCCAUCAUUAUCCAGGCAGCCUGGCGUGGCCAUUGUGUGCGACGGGACCUGGCCCAGCUCUGCAGAGCUGCCACCAUCAUCCAGGCCGUGUGGCGAGGAUACCGUGUCCGACGGAGCCGCACCCAGCAAAUGCUGCCCCCGGGCACGUGGGCCAAGGUGGGCGGUAGGGCCAAGUCAAGCUCUGACCACCGCUGCUUCCAGUCCUGCCAGCCUCACGUCUGUACUCUCUGCCAGUCACUGAGCCCUGGGCUGGGGAGCCCGCCCAGUGUGGUGAUGCUUGUGGGUUCCAGCCCCCGCACGUGCCACAUGUGUGGCCAUACUCUGCCUACACGGGUGGUGCAGGGCUUGGGCCGGGGCAUCAUGGGCCAGGCAGACAUUCCAUGGGGCUAUGACAACCAGCUGACCCACCAGAGCCCCCAGCAGCUCCAUGGCCUGAACAAGGCAGCCACGGUCAUCCAGGCCGCCUGGAGGGGCUUUGUUGUACGUCGCCGGCUAAGGCAGCAGCAGUUAGCAGCCAAGAUGCUUCAAGCCAACUGGCGUGGCCACUAUACCCGGAACUCUCUCACCACAGAUGCACUCUUGGGGCCAGCUGCGUGGGACAACCCACAGAACAUGCAGUGGCCAGGAGUCUAG